UACUAUUUCUUUCAUAAACAAACGUAAAGUGGACUCUUCCAUUCUCUCUUCUUUCCCCUUUUCCUCUUAGAAAAAGUCACAUACUAUACUACCCUAAAAGAAGUUGAGCAACGGGUAAAGUUGUUGUCAUGUGAACAGAAUGUGAUGGAUUCGGGCCGUAGAAAUAGAUUCUUGCAAAAAUACAGGAUAAGACUGCGUAGGAUGAUAGACUCUUGUGGUCCGACCAUUCUCCUUCUCCGGACCCCACGCAUAGUGAUAGCUGGCUGCCCUUUUUUUUAUACUACCCUAUAAACACCUACACAUAAUACCCUCAUUCCCUAUUCAUUUCAUUUCCUACACAUCAAAAACCUCUACAAAAAACCAGUUCUUUUCCUCGAAUAAAUCAAGAAUUUCAAGAAACCAUGAAAGAUAGAGGCAAAGCUGCAGCUGUAGACAACAACUUGUUAGAUUUCAAUUACUCUAUUUCAUCAGAUAUGCCAUGUACCAAACACCCAAAUUCAUCUACUAUUGGAAUCUGCAGUUACUGUUUAAAAGACAGAUUGGUAAAUUUGGUAUGUACUGAAUGUGGUGAGCAAAGACUCUCUUCUUGUUCUUGCUCUGAUGAUAUUUCUUCUUCUUAUGGAAAUUCUUGUUCUGUUGAAGUUGGUAGUGUUGGUAGAAUCUCAUUUUUAUUAGAAAAUGAGAAAAAUACUGAUCAAGAUCAACCAAUUCAGCAGUCAGAACAAGUGAUCUUGCUAAGAAGUAGCAGCAACUGUGUAGAAAUCAAGAAAAGUAAAAAUGGUUUUUGGAAAAUCAAGAGAUUGUUUAAAAAGAAAAGAGAAAAGGGUAAAAAUGGGGUUGAUGAAAAAAGUGAUAUUUGUAUAUCUGAUGCAGUUAUGGGAGUUUCAAGAUCAAGAUCAUUAUGUAGUUUUAGAGGUGAUGAUUUUGGUAGUGAAUAUAGAUUUUCAAGUGCAAAAAUUUCUGAUGUUACAGGUGGUUUGUUAUUUGAUUCUGAUCAUGAGCCAAGAAAGAGUGGAUUUAGAGGUUUUUCAGAUGCUGAAAAUGGUAAUAAUUUCAAGAAUUUUAAUGUUCCAAACAAAGGAAUUAAUAUUUUUCCUGUUAAGGAAAGUGAUUUUAGUACUACAAUGGAUGAUUCAGCAUUUAUAGAUUUGAAGCUUGAUUUAUCAUCAGAACCAAGAUCAGAUUUUUGUGGCAAAAGAGUAAGUAAUAGUUCAGAUUAUGGAUAUGAUUCUGCAGCUUCAAUUGGGAAUUUAAGAGGUGGAUCUUGUAGAAUUAAUGAAUAUGACACAAGGAUGAGAAGAGGUAGUAGUAGUAGUAAUGGCAAAGGGAAGAAAGUGUGGAAAUGGAUUUUUAGAAAAACAAUUUCAGAUGGGAGGAAAAGUACAAGUAAAAGAGAUGAUGAAAUUAAUAGUAAUUUGAUAUUUAAGUCUUAAGAGUUCUUGAAAUAAUAAAGAUUUGUAAUGAACUCUUUUGGUUAUGUUUGUUUGUGUAUAGCACUAGAUUUGAUUUAGAAGGGGAUCUUUUGCGCAAGAGUAAUUGUUGUUUUCGUGUGAUCUUUAGGUUACGCCUCUUGCAAAAUGCAAGAUGAGAUUGCGGUAUAAGAUUUAAUGUGAUUCGAUCGUAUAUCCCAAUCAGCUUGGAGUUUAGUGCAUCGAACUACUUUUAGCACUAGCUCAUGUUUAGAGGGUAAUUUUGAAUAGGAAGCAAGACUUUGUAGUAGUAAGAAAAGUAAAUACAAACUUUACCUAUUUCUCUGCUUUUA